GACACAGGGAUUGUCCAGAACGGCUGUGAGCUGGCCGCGCACCUGGAGGAGGGGGAGGUGGCUUGCGUCGAGUGCCUGACGUGGCUCCUGGAGAACGCACCUGUGCUGUCCUGGUCAGGGUUGGUCGCAGCUCAAGAGGCAGGGCAGUUGCGGGAUUUAUGUCAGCAGGGUGAGACGCCAGCUCAGAAGCAACCAACGAGGACGCCUCCCAGGACGCUCAACCUAGGCGACUCCGUCGACUGCGGCUUCGAGCUCUACGUGAAGUGCGCUGCGCUGACGGCCAAAGACGUGGAGCGGGAGUUCGUGAGAACGGCAAAAGCACUACACAUCAAACCAGUUGAGAUUCCAUCUCGGCCGACCUCGUUUACCGUCUACUUGGUGAAGGCCUGCCCCGAGUCGAGAGGCAAGUCUCCAACAUUCAAGCUGUGCCACCGCAGUAGCACCGUGGCCAGCGUCGGCUUCCUCAGGCGAGAUGCCCAAGAGCUGUUCGAGAACCAGUCUACCGUGUUGUUUGGUGCUACUACUGCGGGCCAGGGUGGCGAGAUCAACCUCGACCUCACGCCUGGCGCGCGCUCGUCCAUCGCGACGUGGGCCGAGGUGCGGGACCGCGCUGACAGGAUAGCGGAGAAGAACGCCAAGAGGGCCCGCGCUGGAUCGAAGAUCGGCGAGCAGGACGACGACGACGGAGGGGGCGAUGACAUCGAGGUGAUUGAGUUUGAGGAUGCGGCCUCGAGCAGCGUGCAUCCCUUCGACCCAGAUGCUGCGGCUGAGUGCACUGGGGCCGCUUCCUCCAGAGCCGACUCCAUCGAUCAUCAGCUUGGCAGCGCAGUGAAGAGGCAGCCGUCAAUGUCGCCGCGUGACAUGGGUGGUAAGCCUUUGAAAUCUUCAAGGACGGCCGCGGCGCCCACCGGCAGUUACGAGCCCGAGAGGCAGAACCCGCACACGCUCGGCACAGUGGACUACUGGGUCUGGGAGCUGGCAUUCGAGGGGGCCUUCAACGGCCAUAAGAAUGGGAGAGCCGAGAACCAAGCUAGACAACUCGUCCAGAAGCUCACGGGCACGGAGCGCCGCACGCUGCAGACCCACCUGGAGCUCUACAACAAGGCGAAGCUGUUCGACGAGAAGGCUGUGGCGAAGGUGCCAGACGGGGAGCUGAUGGCCUCAUGGGAAGUCCUACGAAAAGCGGGCGCCACGCUCACGCAACGGGCUGUGAAGGCAUUGGCCAGGAGGACUGCCAUGAACGCUUGGCAGGACAUCAACAAGGCCGACCUGGACACGGACAAGAUGAAGCAGUUGCUGGUCGGUUUCAUGGAGCGGUGUCGGCCGUGGGGCUUCACCGCCAAACCUCGGGAUGUGGCGAACCCGUGUGCAGUGUGCUUGGUCGAUGGGUGCACGUCCGACGCCGACGUCGCGAACACCUUCCUGGAGAUCGCCGUCGCAGAUGCCAUCGCAGAGUGGCUCACGGCAGGCCCCAGCGCGGCUGACAACGUCAAGCUCUACUGCGAGGCAGCGGACCUCGUCCUCGCAUCAUUGCCCGAAGACGCGGAGCUCGGCGACCACUCUGCUUCAGUUUACCUCGAGAUGACUUCGGCGAUCCGAGUGCUGACAGCGAUGCAGGCGACGCCCUUGGCAGCGGACACUGACAUGCAGGCGCUCCUGACGAGCGCCAACGACUUCUGGGCUAAGAAGUUGAAGUGGAUGACGGAGCACGCAGAUGCAGUCACGAAGAACGGCGGCCAUGUGAAGUCGGCCAUCGCCGAGCUGGAGCGGAUGGACGCUAACCCGUCGGAGCAGCGUGCCAAGCUGCUCAAGCGCAUCGUGGACGACGUACCGUACUGGGAGGCCGCCAUGUACACGGGCUGCGCUGACGAGUGCAAGGCCAUGGUCCUCAACAGGUCCAUUUUGCAGUGCAAGGCGCUCACUUCUGAUGGCGAGGGCAACGGCGACAUCGGCACGGAGGGCGGCGCCCAGACGACGGCGGUGACGAUCGCUUACAAGGAGUUGUUCAAGGACUUGUCCAACGUGUUCGCGGCGGACGAGCAAGUGGAGCGCUGCUCUCGUGCGCUCCAGUCCAAGAUAGCGGCCAUGGACCUCGGCGUGAAGCACGAGAUGUUAGCAGAUGCGUUGACCACGUGGAAUGAUGGUGAUAAGGAGUUGACUCACCGUCUGAAGGAUGCGUUACACAGCUGUCGCAUGAAGGCCCUGCCCGAGAAGCUGCAGGAGUCUUGCAACUCGUUGUUCACCUCCAUCAUUGUCGACCUCUUCAAGGACGGGGCCGACUGGACUACGAAAGAAGGCUUCCUGUUUGAAGUCUUGGAGCUCUUAGCGCCGAACGUGCCGUGUUCAUCGGUGGAUGCUUCAACGGGCGUGGCAGCGUGGCUGGGCGCUGCCUGGCGCGUGGCGCGCGUCCAGACAACGCUCGCGCAGGCGGAGCACCGCGUGGGGGAGGGUUUGCAGGAUGCUACGCCUGCCGACGUCGAGCGCCGCGCCAGGGAGUUGACUCGGGCCGUCCAGAAAGCGAACCACAACGCCCGCAGCACUGCCCUUGAGAAAUUUCACGUUCGCGCUUCGCUGCAGGUGGCUGACGCCGUGAACUCUGCGAGCGACCUUGUCCAGAGGGUCGGGGCGAAGAUCGUCGGCGCCCUGUGCGAGAAGACAAGGCUGGACUCCACGAGCCUGAAGAAGAGCGCUGAGGAGGCGGCUGGCGUCGCUGAGUUCAAGAAGGAGUGCGACAAUUGUACGACUCUCAAUGCCGCGCUCGACCUCUACCGCCUCGGUCUGCACGAGGCGCCCGUCAACGAGUGGCUCGACCAGACGUGCACCAUCGAGGGGGCCUUGACGAUAGUGGCGGGCAAGGCGACAGAGUACUCGCUGCCAAGCUACUCCACCGAGGCGACCGCAGGCAUCACCGAGGAGAUCGUGGUCAUCCGCGCGCUCUGCAUGAGCGCAGAGCUCCUGAAGGCGUUCGGCACGGAGUCGCUCCAAGGUAACAAGAUAGCCAUGCGCAACAGCUGCAUGAAUACCCAGUCCAAGCUCAGGAAGUUCGGCAUCCAGCCUGAGUCGCUGCCGCGCGUCGUGGUGUCGCGGUACAAGGAUGCGCUCAAGAUGCGGUGA